GGAGGAAGCGAUGAAUAUUCAGAGGGGGAGGGGAGGAGAGGCGGCCGAGCGCUCGCCGCGGCUCCCUGCAGCCCGAGCCGCAUGACGCGCGGAGGAGGCAGCGGGAGCGGCGCGAGCCGCGGGAGCCGGGAGCAGGGGGCCGCGCGCGGGGGGUGGGCGCCGCUCGCUCCGCCCCGCGAAGCCCCUGCGCGCCCAGGGACGCCGCCCCCCCGCCGCAGCCGCGCCGGGCCCCGCCGUGUGGCCGCCGCCACCGCCACCGCCGCCGCUGCCAUGUCCCCGGGGAAGCCCGGGGCGGGCGGAGCGGGGACGAGGCGGACCGGCUGGCGGAGGAGGAGGCGGAGGCGGCGGCUGGAGGCGGCGACGCGGGAGCCGGGGCUGUGGCGCACGGCGGGGCCCGAUUCGCGCGUCCCGGGCACGUUCCAGGGCGCGCAGGGCAUGAAGCCGGCGGCGCGGGAGGCGCGGUCGCCUCCGCGUUGGCCGGGGCUGCGCCGGGCGCUGCCGCCGCUGCUGCUGCUGUUGCGCCUGGGCCAGAUCCUGUGCGCAGGUGACUUCCCUGGUUCGGUUUCUGACUUUCGAGUGACGAGUGUCAGCACGAGGGAGGUCAGCUUAGCGUGGAGCAGCAAUGACUCGGAGUCCUUCAGGCUGUAUGCCACGCAGGAUGGAGCCGGCUGGUCCUGGGAGGGAACCACCACCAACCAGAGCAUCACCAUCGGCGACUUAUACCCCGGGACCAGUUACCACUUUGAAAUAUUUGCCCAAGGACCAAAUGGGACUGAAGAGGCACCCCAGAGAGUUUCCUGUACAACUGAACCCAGUCCUGUGUUUGACAUUGAAGUUGCUUCUAUCAGCCCUACCAGCGUGGUCCUCACCUGGAAAAGCAAUGACACUGCUGCUUCUGAGUACAUCUACAGAGUAAGCAAUAAGAUGGAGAACGAGUGGGUGAUGACGGACAAAAACCAGACGAGUUGCAACGUCACAGGCCUAAGCCCAGCGACUGCAUAUACGUUCUCCGUCUCCCCAGGAGUAGGCAAUGGGACUUGGGGAGAACCCAGGUUCAAAAAUGUCACAACAGAGCCUGAACCAGUUUCUGGACUGCACAUUGUCUUCGUGGGUGUGACAGAGGCCACUCUGCGCUGGAGCAGUCACAAUGGCACCGCCUUCUGCCGGAUGUUCCUGGAAAGCUAUGGGAGCCAUGAUUUGCCGACCCCGGAUGCUGCGGUCAAUAUUUCAGACCUGAAGCCAGGGUUUCAAUACAGAGUCAUUUGGCAUUUUCUAGAGUCAAAUGAGACAGAGGGAGACCCCAUGGUUCCAGAAGGUGUCUGGGAUGCCAACAGCACAGAGACGCCCCCGACCGAGAGCUCGCCCCUGCCACGCAGCCGCCCCACGGCCUCCGUACAGCGCCUUGACCCCACGGCCCCGGGGGAUGUGCAAGUGCUUCUUACGGGAUUAGACCCCGGUACUCGGUACAGGGCCUCCGUUUUCCCGCAAGCGGCAGAUGGCACAGAAGGACAGCCGCAGGCCGUCACGUUCAGGACGAAUUCUGACCAGGUUUUUGACAUUGAAGUUGUAAACAUCAGUGCCACAAGCAUGACCCUGACCUGGAAAAUCAGCCACAAUGGGUCACACUCUGCCUACGCCUAUGAGGUACAAGUGGCUGGAGAGACCUAUUUCUUCAACUUCACCGUCAACGAUACUCACGCCGUCAUCUCUGGACUCAGCCCGAGCACGUUAUACAACAUCACAGUGCGACCCUUCCUGGGUGACACCGAGGGCACACCAGGCUUUCUCCAAGUCUACACCCCCCCUGGUCCGGUUUCCGACUUUCGAGUGACGAGUGUCAGCACGAGGGAGGUCAGCUUAGCAUGGAGCAGCAAUGACUCAGAGUCCUUCAGGCUGCGUGCCACGCAGGAUGGAGCCGGCUGGUCCUGGGAGGGAACCACCACCAACCAGAGCAUCACCGUCGGCGACUUAUACCCCGGGACCAGUUACCGCUUUGAAAUAUUUCCCCAAGGACCAAAUGGGACUGAAGGGGCACCCCAGACAGUUUCCUGUACAACUGUGCACAGUGCUGUCACUGACAUCCGUGUGGUGGCCGUCAGCACCACUGAGAUGCAGUUGGAAUGGCAGAACACAGACAACGCCUCUGAUUACGUCUACCACUUGGUCAUACAGUCUGAGUACGGCUCUAACGAAACCAGCAGUCCUCGCAAAGCCAUCACUCUCGGUGGGCUGCUCCCUGGCACCUUGUACAACAUCACCGUCUCUCCCGAAGUGGGCCAUGUGCAGGGGGCCUCCAGCUCCAUCUCCCAGUACACACGGCCCAGCAACGUGUCCCGCAUUGAAAUAAGCACCAGCACCACGGCGGCGGCCUUAGAUUGGUGGAACGCCGAUAACGCCGCCUCUGCCUACUUCUACCGCCUUAUUAUCGAGAAGGUUGGGAACGCCAGCGACACAACCCAGAUAGUCACGGCCGUUGGAGUCACCAAUGCCACCGUCACCGAGUUAACCCCUGGCUCGUCUUACACGGUCGAGAUCUUUACCCGGGUGGGGGAUCUGCUCGAGUCAUCCACACCCGGCUUGGAGUCGUUCUGUACAGAUCCUGCGCCGGUGGCUACCAUCCACUGUGACGUGGUCCCCAAGGAGCCGGCCCUGGUUCUGCAGUGGGCCUGCCCCUCUGGCGCCAAUGCGGGCUUUGAGCUGGGGCUCAGCAGUGGAGCCUGGGACAGCGUGAUGCACCUGGACGGUUGCUCCCCCGAGAAUGGCACCGAGUACAGGAAGGAAGUCAUGUCUUUGAAUUUUUCUACCUCGUACAACAUCAGUGUCGCCACCUUGUCCUGUGGAAAGAUGGCACCCCCCACCCACAACACCUGCACCACUGGCAUCACGGAUCCCCCUCCUCCGGACGGCUCUCCCAAUAUUACAUCCGUCAGUCACAAUUCGGUGAAGGUCAAGUUCAGUGGGUUUGAAGCCAGCCACGGACCCAUCAAGGCCUACGCCGUCAUUCUCACCACGGGGGACGCUGGCCCGCCUUCUGCAGACGUGCUGAAAUACACGUACGAAGACUUCAGUAAGGGGGCCUCGGAUACGUACGUGACCUACCUCAUAAGGACGGAAGAAAGGGGACGUUCUCAGGGCUUGUCCGAAGUCUUGAAAUACGAAAUUGACGUUGGGAAUGAAUCCACCACCCUGGGCUAUUACAAUGGGAAGCUGCAACCCCUGGGCUCCUACAGGGCUUGUGUGGCCGGCUUCACCAAUAUCACCUUCAACUCUCAAAAGUACGGACUCAUUGACGGGGCUGAGAGCUACGUGUCCUUCAGCCGCUACUCGGAUGCCGUGUUCUUGCCCCAGGAUCCAGGUGUCAUCUGCGGAGCCGUCUUCGGGUGUAUCUUUGGAGCCCUGGUUAUUGUGGCCGUGGGAGGCUUCAUCUUUUGGAGAAAGAAAAGGAAAGAUGCCAAGAACAAUGAAGUGUCCUUUUCACAAAUUAAACCUAAAAAAUCCAAGUUAAUCAGAGUGGAGAAUUUCGAGGCCUACUUUAAGAAACAGCAAGCCGACUCCAACUGUGGCUUCGCAGAGGAAUACGAAGAUCUGAAGCUCGUUGGAAUCAGCCUACCCAAAUAUGCAGCUGAAUUGGCUGAGAAUAGAGGGAAGAAUCGCUAUAAUAAUGUUCUGCCCUAUGACAUUUCUCGUGUCAAGCUUUCAGUCCAGACCCAUUCAACGGAUGACUACAUCAAUGCCAGCUACAUGCCUGGCUACCAUUCCAAGAAAGAUUUUAUUGCCACACAAGGACCUCUGCCCAACACGCUGAAAGAUUUCUGGCGUAUGGUUUGGGAGAAAAACGUGCAUGCCAUUGUUAUGUUGACCAAAUGUGUUGAGCAGGGAAGGACAAAAUGUGAGGAGUACUGGCCCUCCAAGCAGGCUCAGGACUAUGGGGACAUAACCGUGGCCAUGACAACCGAAAUUGUUCUUCCAGAAUGGACCGUCAGAGAUUUCACAGUGAAAAAUGUCCAGACGAGCGAGAGCCACGCUCUGCGGCAGUUCCACUUCACCUCCUGGCCUGACCAUGGCGUCCCGGACACCACCGACCUGCUCAUCAACUUUCGCUACCUUGUCCGCGACUACAUGAAGCAGAGCCCUCCCGAGUCGCCGAUUCUGGUGCAUUGCAGCGCUGGAGUUGGAAGGACGGGCACUUUCAUUGCUGUUGAUCGUCUCAUCUACCAGAUCGAGAACGAGAACACGGUGGACGUGUACGGCGUUGUGUAUGACCUCCGGAUGCACAGGGCUUUAAUGGUGCAGACAGAGGACCAGUAUGUUUUCCUCAAUCAGUGUGUCCUGGAUAUCAUCAGAUCCCAGAAAGACUCCAGAGUAGAUCUCAUCUACCAGAACACAACUGCAAUGGCCAUCUAUGAAAACCUGGCGCCGGCGUCCACGUUCGGAAAGACAAAUGGUUACAUUGCCUGAUUCCAAGGGAACGCCUUCCCGGAGCUCACCAGACUCUCACGCCCACAGCCAAGGAACGCGCCCCGGUGUCGACUUGUUUUGUUUUUGUUUCUGUUUUUUUUUUUUUUUUUUUUCAAACGUCUAAUUUCUUAGUUCUUUGUUCUGUUUUGUUGGAACUGACUUGGGGGGUGUGAAGCUGCAGGUGGAACACUUGAGAAACGCCAGGUGGGGGCUGUGGGUGCGCGGUGACCACAUCACUUGCAUUCCGAUUACCAGUGGGAUGAGUUCACUUUUUUUUUUUCCCCCUAGAGAAUCGUGGAAAAACCAGGAGAAGUGAGCCAUGAUUUUUCUCUUUUGUUUUCAAACAGAUUCUUCUUCUUUUUUUUUUCAAAGACUAUUUUCUGUGACUCACAUGCUCAAGGCAGGAUUGUGUUGGGUUGAAUAUAUUUUCAGUAUCAGAGGUCUAUUUUUACCUACUGUGUCUUGGAACCUAGCUGGUGGAGAAGACGGAAUAGUGGGUGAGCAGCAUGUUGGCGGGUGGGCUCCGUGGCGCCUCUUCCCGCGUGGGUUUUCUCUCUGAACAUGUGCCUUUUCUGAAUUAUGCUUCCACAGGCAAAACUCAGUAGAUAUCUAUAUUUUUGUAUUGAAUCUCGUAAUUGGAAUAUACGGAAUAUUUAAGCAUAGUUUAGCAUCAGAAUUCCGCCUUCUCGGUGACAUUCCUGUCCUCGUUGGAUUAGAGGGGGGCUCUUUGCCCCUUGCUGUCCCCCCACCCCCACCCCACUCCCCAUACAUUUGUGCUCCGAUUUUUCUUCCUUUUUCCCUCCCAGUUUUCUCCAAAGACUUCUGUUGGCAACAUUUUCAGCCCAUUGGUUGGGUGAGAAUGGAAACUAAAUAACGCUUUCAGAAUUUCUGUGGGCAGGGGUGGGAGAACGAGGAAUCCGAUGGUGACAUAAAUCCUGUCCUGUCCGUGUUUUAUUCUUUCUGUCGUUUCUGUCUUUGGUUAAGAAGGAUUAUUUAAAGGUGCAAUAUGUGACUUAGUGAUUCAUGAUGCUGUAGGUUUUUAGUGAUGUUUUACUCAGGUUGGCAUUUUAUGUGUGUACAUGUGUGUGUGUGUUUGUGUGUGUGUGUUUUUAAAAGUAUGGCAAUCUGUGAACACUUCGUGUGAACCGAGUGUCAGAUUAACCCUUGACCCCUGAAGUCCACUGGCUGUAGUCUCUUAUCUGCAGUGGCACAUACCGUAUCUACUGUAUAUAUAAAUACUCAGCUCUUAAAACUGUCAUUCCUGCAAAUUGAGGUGUACAAAGUUUGAUUUGUAUCAAAGAUGUAAUUAUUAUUUUUAAAACCUCUUUUCACUAUACUGCUGCUGUAAUUACUUUGAUUUUUUAAAAAAAUGUAGUUUUUUUUUUUUUUUGCUUCAGGUGUAUAUCCACCAAGAGUUUCAGAAUUUAUGUGGAUUUAUUUUAUGGGUACAUAAUCUGUAAACUUCUCAAGGCAUUAACAUGAAAGGAUUUGUUUCUUUGUA